AUGUUGUUAAAGUAAGUGUUAUGGUUGUGAGAGUCGUAAUCUGCUAUAUAUUCGAUUUUUGCAUUCUUUGGAUUAUUGUAAUCCGCCUUUUUGCCCUAAAGGCUUUAAAAUUAUCCAUUUUUCCACCAAAAAAUCUAAAAAAGUCGAAUAAAUUGUCGUAUUUUAGGAAACUGUCUCCCAUCUUGGCUAGAUCUUACACUAUACCUCCUAUUCGUUCACUCUCCCAUUCCUAUAAACCGAUUAUUCUCGACCACUCAUUCCCACUCAAGAAUAACGUUGGCAAUGUUCGGAUCGAAGUUGCUCAACCAUGUCACAAAUCCGAUGUCGUCGAUUUUACCAAAGUCCAUUUUGCUCGUCGCGAGCCUAUGAUGCACUUCUGGGGUGAGUUUAUCUCAAAUUUAGGGGUUUUGGGGACUUUCCCUGAUUCCCAAGGUUUUCGUUGUGGUACCCAAAAUUAUUUUCUGAACUGUUUAAACUCGCUCUGAAAUGGUCUUUUUGGUUCCAGGAGUGGAUCCCGAGACGAUGAUCGACGCUUCUCUUGGCGAAAUAAUCGAAUACUCACUGUCUACACCAUUUUCUGUUCUGGCCUUUCUCAAUGAUGAUUUGGUUGGAGUAUCACUGAUUUCGGUGUACAAAUUGGGAAACCGAAAGGACACCUCGGAACUGAAAAUUCCCAAGGACUUUGGAACAGGUGAGCAAAAUAUGUUUAGAGACAUCUUAUACGAUGAAACAUGUUUGUGGUUAUUUGGAAGGUUUCAUCGUAUAAAAUGUCACACAAAAUACUAAGAUUCAUUGACGUAUUUUACAUUUUUACUUUAUUUCCAUAUAUCUUUUAGCUUUUUGGACAUUUUAUACGAUGAUUUUUUUCCCUCUUAUACAAGUUUCAUCAUAUAAAAUGUAGCCUAUACAUUUUUUUGUACUAUUUUUAUGUAAUUCCCGGUUAUAUUCCUAUUUUUGAUCUUGAAUUGUUUUACAUGCUGAAAGUGGUCCGUUUUUGAUAUAGUCAUGUUUCAUCGUAUAAAAUGGUCAUGCACGCCAUUUUGAUGAAAUUCUCUGUUUUUCAGAUAUCCAUCAGCUCAGAAUGUACUACGAGAACUACGAGGUGGCCGCUGUGUUGGCAUUUUUGAACUACUUCAACGACAUUGCCCCAAGUUUUCUUCCGAUCGAGCGUGGUUAUGUAGGGCAAGGUCAUUUGAGUGUGGUCGACAGCGGACUAGAAGGGUAAGGGAACUUUUUUGUUAGCGGUAAUGCCCGUUCUAUGUUCUAAAGCGCUCAGCAACAAGAUUCGACUUAUUUUGCAUUACUUAUGGUCCUUUUAGCCAUGGAAUUCACACAAAAUUAGUGGUCUCAGCGGCCCAACAAAUGGCUAGUCAUGGGAUUGGCCACUACUUUGGAGUCAACACUUCCGCCGACAGCCUUUGUGCCGCACUAACACUGGGCUUCGAGGAGGUGUAUUCAUUUCCGUUUUCCGAAGCCAAGAUCCACGGAAAACCGAUGUUUCCGGGCGGCGUGAUGAUCGAUGGAGGCAAGAAGAUGUCGAUUCUGAUCGCGGACAACGAGCAUGUCGCCAGAUUCUACGAGAGGAAGAAGGAAAGCCGCCAACGACGGGUAUAA